AAUUUCACUUUGAGAUUUUUAUUUGUUUUGCCAUUCAAUAAUCAAUUACUCCCAGUUCUGUCUGAAAACCCCAACCCCAACCCUAACUCUCUCUCUCUUCAACUUCUUCGGCCACUCUCCCAGUGUUCCGCCAUUUGAAGACCUCUCUCUCUCUCUCUCUGGGUGGUUUCUUCUUCUUCUUCUCGAGUUUCGGUUGCAACGCACGGCAAUGCCUCGCUAUUACUGUGACUACUGUGACACUUAUUUGACCCACGAUUCGCCGUCUGUGAGAAAACAACAUAAUGCUGGCUACAAACACAAGGCGAACGUGCGGACGUACUAUCAGCAGUUUGAGGAGCAACAAACUCAGAGUUUGAUUGACCAGAGAAUUAAGGAGCAUCUUGGGCAAGCUGCUGCUGCUUAUCAUCACGUUGGUGCGGCUUACAAUCAACAUCUACUUGUUCAGAGGCCCCGUCUUCCAGUUCUUCCGACACCCAUUAUGCCACAGGUUCCUGGAGGCGCACCUUUGAUCCCAGGAAUUAGACCUCCUGUUUUGCCAAGACCUGUUCCUGGUGCUCCAGGAUACGGUCCUCCAACGAUGCCAUUGAUGGUGGCUCCUCCUGGUGCUCCUUCCAUAUCUGGUCAAGUAAAUGUUCCACAGAGGCCUCCCACUUUAAGUGUCCCCACUACAAUUCCUGGCAGCUUGGCUACACCCACUCCUUUGAAUGGAGGACCCUUGAUGACCGCACCCACAGCAAUUUAUCAAGCCAAUCCAGUGGCACCGACAAGUGGGGGCUUUGAUAGUUUCAAUGUUAAUAUGCAGGCUCCUGAAUCUAGUCAGUAGAUUGGUUAAAGUGGCAAUAUAAGCAAAUCUGGAUUGGGAAUAUACUGGCAGUGCUGCAGCAGCCGUGUGAGAAAUUCCAUCAGCCAUUCUACUUCCGACGUGAAGGAGCCCGUUAUUUGACGCUUAGUGUAGAAAGUAAUGCAGUUUCUAAUCAUUUUUAGACAUUAAACAUGGACAAAACUAGGAGGAAUUUUGUCCAACAUUAAGUUGAAAGAUGAUGUUGGUUUUAUGAUUGCUGUGAAUGUGAUUCCAAUCAUCUAUAUGGUAUUUGAUUUACACAAGUGCAUACGGUUUAAGGCAUGAUUCUUAUUUCUUAAUGUACUAAUACCACGUCUCUCUUAUAUUUU